CACGUCAAACGUAAGAAGAGUUGCCAAUUAUUUGCCCUAUAAGAUUAGUAUAUCACGGGCCAUUCACGUGCGAGCCGUCGAAACAGAACAGAAGGAAACCCUCGAUUGACUCUCAACCUUUCCAAUUUGCUCGACUCUCGAUUUUGUUCAGCGCAUAAAUUGAUUGAAGAAAAUGGCUAUGAACAAUGGAUUGAAAUCCUGUGCUUGCAAACUUCUGAGAUCCACUGAAUCAUUUCUUCCCAGAUCAGUGAGCAGGGGGUUCCACUCCACAGGCAUGAAGAGUAUGGGAGGAGGGCAUGCCCAUGGCCAUGAUGAGCCUUUCUACCUUCACGCAAAGCACAUGUACAACUUGGACAGGAUGAAGCAUCAACAACUUAAGAUGACUCUUGGGGUCUUUACUGCAUUCAGCAUUGGUGUUGCCGUCCCAGUUUAUGCUGUUGUCUUUCAGCAAAAGAAGACUGCUUCAGCGUAAUUUUUAUCUUGUUAAGUCCCCUUCUAUUGCAAUAAUGGACAAAUUUGAAAUGCCUUGGGUAGACAAAAUCGAGGAAUCUAUUUUGUCACACGGUUAAUCGGUUUUCAGCAUUCUGCUUGCUAUAUGCAAUGCUUUUUUCUUUUAAGUGACAAUAGUUCUGUUAAAUUCUUGCUUCUGAUUACGUUGCUGUUUUUUUUUUCUCCCUAAUAUACGUUGAAAUAUUUUAUCAAUUGCAUAUUUUGCGUUGUGUAUGGUUUA